UCAUAAUAGUUGUCAAAGUAUUAUUUUCGUUACUGGCAUUUAACAGCAGCAGUAUUGGCUGACCCUACCCAUUUACAACACUGUCAAACUUUUGUUUCUGCCCAGUGCUAAUUAAUUAAUCGCUAAUUAAGAGUGUUUCCUUACCAGAGGAUAUUAUUCCGAUAUGCAAUAAGUGUUCGAUUUGGUAACAAGAUUGGAAGAAAGCCGGCUACUUUUUGUGUGGACGGGAUAAAACAAAUAUUUACCAAAGUUUGUAAUUUUUAGGAGGAAAUUUUACAGGUUACUAUACUGGACAAGUCCAUUUCCAAGAGUGGAAAGGGCAACACAAAUUAGUAGAAGAGCAAUAUAUGAUAUAAUAUUCUCACGUACUUUUUAAAAGACAUAAAAAUGACAGAGCAACAGUUGGACUGCGCCCUUGAUUUGAUGCGGCGAUUGCCACCUCAGCAAAUAGAAAAGAAUUUGAGUGACCUGAUAGAUCUGGUGCCUGACCUUUGCGAAGACCUCUUAUCUUCUGUUGACCAACCUCUUAAAAUCGCACGAGAUAAAUUAUUGGGGAAAGACUACCUGCUCUGCGAUUACAAUCGAGAUGGUGAUUCCUACAGAUCUCCAUGGUCUAAUACUUAUGAUCCCCCUUUGGAAGACGACUCAUAUGCCCCAGCUAUGCCCACCGAGAGACUACGGAAGUUAGAAGUUGACGCAAAUGCUGCGUUUGAACAAUAUCGUGAAAUGUAUUUCGAAGGAGGCGUGUCUUCGGUGUACCUUUGGGAUUUGGAGCAUGGAUUUGCUGGUGUGAUACUAAUAAAAAAGGCUGGCGAUGGAUCCAAGAAGAUUAAAGGGUGUUGGGACUCUAUUCAUGUCGUCGAAGUAGUUGAAAAAUCCACGGGUCGUUCUGCCCAUUACAAAUUGACGUCAACUGCCAUGCUUUGGUUACAAACUAGUAAACCAGGUUCCGGAACGAUGAACCUUGGUGGAAGCCUUACUCGGCAAAUGGAACAAGAUUCACCCAUAAGUGAAACCUCCCCCCAUAUUGCAAACAUUGGUAAAAUGGUGGAAGACAUGGAAAAUAAGAUUCGAUCCACCCUUAAUGAAAUCUACUUUGGGAAAACUCGCGACAUUGUGAACGGGUUAAGAUCAGUCAAUUCCUUGUCGGAUCAGCGAAAAAAUGCCGACUUGAAGAAAGACUUGGCCCGAGCCCUUAUUACGAGACAAGCUAAUAAGGGAGAUUCCCAAUAAUAAUAUAAUAUAAAACUACUAUUUUCUCCUCCAAUCUGAUAAUGGCUUAUCAAAAAGUGUAUAAUAGUAAUAUAAUGAGUUAUUGACCAGUGCUUUACGGCACACUUUGUUCAUUUUGAUGCAAUAUUUGGUAUUAUUAUUUUAUAAUUUAUUGUCGAAAUGAAAUAUUUAUACAAAAAAAAGAAAUCCUAAACUUCAAGACUUUGCUUGUCGAUGCAAAUUGUACAACUAAAUGUAAAACGUUACUAAAAUGUUUACUGAUUAUUAAGUUUAUAGGCGUGUGUGUAAUUUAAAAGCAAAUUCCUACUACAAUUUUCACACUACUUUCGUAAUUUAUGAGUUACCAGUGUUUGUGUUUUUAGGGUUAAGUUUGGCUUUAAUAAUUUCGCGAAUGAGUCAGUACUAAUAUACCUGCUAAUUAUUAAUCAUUAAUUACAUAGGAUUAUUAAGUAUAUUAAUGAAGUCUUCUACAUAUAUAAACCCUACCUUACUUUAAUCUCUACGUCUACCAAAGUGCUCAAACUAGAAAGAAACCGAAUCGAAAUACUGAAUUCCAUUUUGAGCCAAAAUUAAAAUAUUAUGUAUUUAAAUAGGAAUAACUUGCUCAAGAAGUACUUUAAAAUGAAAUUCGUGAAAAUCUUCUUGUCUCCAAAUUACAUAGUGUAAUUAAAAACUUGCUAAAAAUUGUAUCCUAACUAACUUAAAAUCCAUAUCAAGUCUGAUUCAACAUACUAAUUUGAAUUGAACAGUUUUCAUAAUUUUGUAAUCUACUAGCUUUCCUGUAAAUAUACGAUUGCAUGAGUACCUAAAAAAACCCAAUAUAAAUUAUAUGAAAUCUUGAAAAUCAACCACACUCCAAAAACAUUUCUACUGCAAUUGUACGUAGAUCCGACUGUCAAAUCUUUAUAUGUAAAAAGUAUACAGUAUACCAAUUAAUAAUUAACUUAAUUAUAACUAACUUUUCUGUACAGGUUAAUUAUACAGUUUUCUAAAGUAAGAAUAAUAUGUAAUUGUAGCAAGAUUUCUUUAUACUACAUAUAGAUAGCUAAUUUAGUUAUUUAAAAGUGUUGCUUAAUAAUAAAAUAUAUAAAGUC